UUUGAGAGAUUAAUAGAUUACUCAAACCUAAUUUAAAAAUUGAAAAAAGUUAGAGAUAUAUAUGAGAAUUGUCCAAUUUCGAUAUUUCUUCAUUCCGAUUGGUUGAGAGACACGUAAUUUCAAAUGCAUAAUCUGAUACGGGUUUUAUAUAUGUUUGUUGACAGUUCAGUUUAUAUUCACACAGAUCACAUUCUCUCUCUUUCUCUUUUAAUUAUUUCUUAUUCCCGAGUUCCCAACAAUACCAAGACGUCCAAGACCCAACAUCGCGACACACACACACACACACAAAGAUAUACUCUCUCUACUUUGCAUUGCAUCAUCCGACUUUGUUAAUAUAUCACCAACCCUUCUGCUCGUAAAUUACAAGAUAUUGGCCGUAUUGACCCUUGUUCGAGGGCAGGUGCCACAAAAGAAAGAAGAAGAAAAUAAUAUAUCAAUAUUAUUUCCGUGUGUACAUGUCUCCUAGAUUUUUGAGGUUAAGAUGAAGAAAAUGACAAAACUACUGGAGUGGCUGUCGUGUGCAACGGUGAUUUUUGGCAUGUGGAUUGCUACAAUUACAAGCGACUCUGCUUUUGUCAAGGAAUGGCAUAAAAUUAUACUUUUUCUUCCAGUCAUUUCCUUAUUUCUCUUUGGAUUAUAUGCAGUUACUAUCAUCUUGUACAGAGUAUUCACUUUUAAUACUUGUGAAAAUGCAGCCAUCGAACUUCAGCAACAAAUAGAAGAAGCUAAAAAGGAUCUUCAGAGGAAAGGUGUAACAUUACGAGGGACAAAUAUUUCUUCAACUUCUUAAAACUCCUGUAAAUAGUAUAAAAUAAAAAAAAAAAGACGUUAACUUU